AAACCCUAAACCCUGCCUCCCCUAUAUCUAUGCCAUUUCUGCGCCUCUUCCAUUGUGUUCUUCAACCUCAGUUUCACUCCAAGGAACAGGGAAAUUUUGUUGUUGUCAAGAUGACAAAUCCAAAAGUUUUCUUUGAUAUUGCGAUUGGAAAGACUAAGGCUGGGCGAAUUUUAAUGGAACUUUUUGCUGAUGUUACCCCAAAAACAGCUGAAAACUUCAGGGCUCUGUGUACUGGGGAAAAGGGGAUUGGUAAAUCUGGGAAAGGUUUACACUUCAAAGGAUCUGCAUUUCAUCGGAUUAUUCCAGAGUUCAUGUGUCAAGGUGGUGAUUUUACGAGAGGGAAUGGGACUGGAGGGGAGUCAAUUUACGGGGCCAAGUUUGCUGAUGAGAAUUUCAAGCUGAAGCACACUGGACCUGGUAUUCUUUCCAUGGCAAAUGCUGGACCCAAUACAAAUGGUUCUCAGUUCUUCAUAUGCACUGCAAAGACUCCAUGGCUUGAUGGAAAACAUGUUGUGUUUGGAAAAGUUGUUGAUGGAUACAAUGUAGUGAAGGAGAUGGAGAAGGUGGGUUCCGGUGGUGGGAGUACGUCAGAAAAAGUGGUAAUUGAAGAUUGUGGGCAGAUAGUAGAGAACUGAAAAUUAUUGCUAUUGAAGCAAUGAUUUUCAAUGUAAUUACUAGUACUUUAUAAAAUAAAUUGUAGUAAGUUAUUUGAUUUUGUAAAAGACCAUUUUUUUACCCUAAUCUAACUUUUAAAAGCACUUUGUUUA